AUGAAGAGGCUCAUGACGGAGCUGACAACCCUGAGGUCAUCGCUUCCCGAAGGCAUUUACCUACGAUACUGCUCGGGGCAUCUUGGAAAGAUGAAAGCAAUCAUUGUUGGUCCAUCGGGCACGCCUUACGAGGGGGGACUCUUCGAAUUUGACAUCGACUGCCCUAUGUCCUACCCCAAUACCCCGCCCAACUUCAAUUUCAAGACAACCGGCGGAGGCACCGUUCGAUUCAACCCGAACCUCUACCCCGAUGGGAAAGUCUGCCUUUCGCUCCUCGGAACCUGGCAGGGUGAAUCGUGGCGCCCCGGCGAAUCUACCUUGCUCCAAGUGCUCAUAUCCCUGCAAAGCAUGGUCCUGUGCGACGAGCCGUGGUACAACGAGCCCGGACGCGAGAGGAGAAAGCAAAGCCGGGAAUCGGAGAGCUACAAUGAACAGGUCUGGUACUGGACGACGAACCACGCCAUG